AUGGCGAAAGAGGGCGGUGUCAUAAAAUAUGAUCCAAAUACAGAAGCAUUUCAAAUGCGAGCUCAAUGGAAAAAGGUGGAUAUAUGUCGUAAGCAGUGGUUUGAUCAGUGGAGUUGGUUGCUAGAUGAACGCAAACAAACAUUACAGGAGUCGGAAGCCAUUCGCCAGGAGGUUUCUGAUGCUUUACCACAUGCGGUAACCAAAGCUGAAACUACAAAGUCAUUAAAACCGGUACCAAUCACAUCAACUGGUGUUAUCGGCUGGCUGGCUGCCAAACCGGAUUGUCAAUUAGAAAUUUAUACAUCCUGGCUUACUAAGAUCCCAGUACGGUUACCCGACACAUGGGACGACAAGAAUUACCUGGGGUAA